UGGGCUUGACUGAGGAAAGCCACCUUCCAAGCUGGUGAGGUCUGGGGUAUAAGAAGCCACCUCUGACUGAGGUGCAGAAAGAAUUGGGUCUCGGCCUCACCAUGGAACCUUCCGGCCUCCUCCUCCUCCUCGUCUCCUUCCUCCCCAUGGGGAGUGCUCUCUUCCCCAUCCCCCUGCCAUUUGCACCUGCCAAGAUCCGAGUAGAUAUCUGCAGACUUCCUCCUGCGACAGGCUCGUGCCUGGCCCUGUUUGAACGUUGGUAUUACAACCCGAAGGUCAGGAGGUGCCUGACUUUCACCUACGGGGGCUGCGGAGGGAAUCCGAAUAACUUCAGGACACGCAGGAGCUGCGAACUUGCAUGUUCCCCUUCACCCCCGGGGAAGCCUGGCACCUGUCCGUCCCCGACGGCCCACCUCGACAAGACGUGCGGCCAGUUCUGCUCCACCGACGCCAGCUGCCCAGGGAGCCAGCGCUGCUGCGGGACCAGCUGCGGGCAGAAGUGCCAACUGCCUGUAGGAGGUAGAGCCCCCGCUCUGGCCAGCGACGCCCGCGUACCCCCCGCCCCCGGCCCCCGGGUCCUCUGCUCUGGCCAGGCCGGGCACCCCUGA